AUGGCGUCCGGUGGCCACGAAAGGGCCACUGAGGAUUACGGAGUCUCCAGCAUUGCGGGAUGCAGCAGGACUCCUCAGCCGGAGACUCAGGACAGCUUGCAGACUCCCUCACAAAGCUCAGCCCUCUGCAGAGCUCCGGUGCCUGCUGCAGACUGGGGCCCCUGUCUUCGGAGAAACGUGGUCAGCGAGAGAGAACGCAGGAGGCGUAUCUCCUUGAGCUGUGAGAGAUUGCGGGCUCUUCUGCCUCAGUUUGAUGGCCGGCGGGAGGACAUGGCUUCUGUCCUGGAGAUGUCCGUGUAUUUCCUUCAGCUGGCCCACAGCGUGGAACCUAGCUGGGGGCCUCUCUCUGUCCCCCAGCCUCCCCAGGAGAUGUGGCACAUGUGGCAGGGUGAUGUCCUGCAGGUAACCCUGGCGAAUCAGAUUGCGGACAGCAAGCCAGACUCCGGGAUAGCACAAGCGCCUGCUGCUGCUGCUGCUGCAGCUCGGGUUCAGGACCCCCCAUGCUGUGGGAUGCUGGAUACAGACCAGAGCCAAGCUACUGACAGAGUGGUAGAGCUGCUGGAGAGACCUUCCUCCUGCCCUGGUAAAUGCCAGAGAACAUUGUCAUUUAGUGAGCCAGAGUCUUCCAGCUUGGGUCCUGGGCUCUCACCCUGGCUUCCUCACCCAUGGCAGGCAGCCACGCCCGAGCCGAGCGACUUUGUUUCUGGUGGGUCACACCAGGUGGGAUCCCUGGCCAGGGACACUGAAUCUCCAGGCAUGCUGGCUGAGGAGGCCAACUUGGUCUUGGCAUCUGUGCCUGAUGCCAGGUACACCACAGGGGCAGGGUCCGAAGUGGUGGAUGGAUCCUUUCUGCUGACCACCAACCCUGAUUGGUGGUUGGGGUCAGUGGAGGGCAGAGGAGGCCCAGCCCUUGCCAGGAGCAGCCCAAUGGACGGGGCAGAGCCAAGCUUCAUCGGAGACCCCGAGACUUGCUCCCAGGAGCUCCAGGCUGUCCCCGCAGAGCUGUGGGGCUUGGAUUUUGGCAGCCCUGGCCUGGCCCUGAAGGAUGAAGCAGACACCAUCUUCCCUGACUUCUUCCCCUGAGAGCUUAGUCCUUGCCCCAUAGUUUGGUUUGUGGAGGAGAGGGGGGAGGGAGGAAGGGGUGUUGCGUCCCUUGCCUGGGAGUUGUAUUUUGGGUUUGGUUUGCAGCUGCA